AUGAACCUGUCCGGAUCGCUGACGCGGCAAAAGGAGGAGGAGCUGGCGGUGGGGGACGUGGCGUCGCACGUGGCCAACAUGGGCCGCAUGGUGGAGGAGAUGGAGAGCCGCAUGCGCGACACGCCGACGAAGAGCGUCGUCAACGGCCUCUACCAGUCGGGCGGUGCCGAGGCCAACAAGAAGAAGGAUAUGCUCGCUCAGGCGUCAGGCCCCGCGCCCCCCCCAGCGCUCAUGGCGGAGAUGGGCAAGCGGAAUGCGGACUGA